AUGAAGUUAGGCAAAGAUUGGUGUGUGGUUCAAAAAGCUAAUCCUCGUAGCUCUUAUGAAGUUCUUGAAUCCGAACAAGGACCGGUUGAUGAGAUUAUCCAAGAAGAAGAACCGGGAUUUGUUUUAUGUGUGAACCUUGGAGAGAUUCCACAACUUGUUAGGGAUGUACCAUCACUUAACAACAUUGAUGCCACAAUUGUGAAUACUACCACUGCAGAGACUUGUAUUGAAAAUGACUACGAUGAUGAAUUUAUUGAUGAUGAAGAUUGUGACGUUGAUUGUGGUGAUGAAGCUCUAGCUAAUGGUUUUGUUGAAAAUGAAGGGCUGUGGACGGAUGAUGAUGAUUAUGUUGAUGAUGAUAGUCCUGGCAAGGGAAGAAAACCUUUAGUGAAGAAAAGAAGACUUGAGUCUCUCGGGCUUAGAGAUUCCGUAUCAUCCCAAGAGACUCCUUUGUCUAAUAAGUGUAUCUUUGAUUCUUAUUAUUCAGAGACACAUUUGGCAGGCGAUUCAGGUAUUCCCUUGACUCCCAUGUCUGCUUGUUCAGCUCAUUGGCUCCUUGUAAUGCUUAAUGCAGCAAAAUCAUCUACAUUUGUUAAAAGAGGACCAACCAGAAACCUUAGUGGGCGUAAAAAUGAUGAUGAUGCUCCACACAAAGUUAAACUCGAUGAUUGUUACAAACGUGUUGUAGGUCCUGAAUCACAAUCAUUCAUCAAUGAAUCUAGUGCUAUUGCUUGCAAGUUUGGGAAGCACAAUGUUCCAAAAUGGUCUCAGCUAGAAAAGGAAGACCGAGAAGCCAUGUGCCAAAGGGUUAUGGCUAAGUUUCCUAAUGAUGUUGUGGACGCAAAGAUGAAGAAAGCUGUUGAACAGCAAGUCAAUAAAUCAUAUAGAAAUUGCCGACAUAAGCAUAGUCGGCUCUUCAAAACAUUUAAAUCAAAGGAGGAAGCAUUAAGACAAGUACCUGAUGAGUUGCCCAAGGAAGAGUGGAUAUAUCUCUGCAAUUAUUUCACUUCUGAAAAAUUCAAGGCAAUGAGUAAGCGCAACAUAGAGAACCGAGCCAAAAACAAAGAGCCAAACUUUACGGGAACCCUUUCUCUUGCAAGGUUCGCUGAGCAGCUGGAAAGGAUUCGGAAUGAAAAAAGAACUCCCUUUGACUUAUUUGAAUAUAGUCGAACCUUAAGGAAGACAGGAACUAUGCCUGGGGAAACAUCAAAAACAACUUUGGGUCAAAUGAGAGACUUGGAAAGUGCCAGUUAUGAACCUAAAGAGAUUUGCAUUGCAACAGUUGGGAAACUACCUAGAAGUGCUGGACGUGCCUUAACCAAAAGUUAUUAUGUUGAAGAAGUUCGUCGUGAAAAGGAAAGAGCUGAUGUGGCAGAAAAAGAAAGGAAAGAAACAGAUGCAAAGUUAGAAAAGAUGGCAGUGGAACAAGAAACACUGGAAAAAAACAUUGGUAGCUGA